AUGGCUACUCCAACAGAGGCGACAGAUGCUCCCCCAGUGGAACCGCUGCAAGAUCCAGCAAAUGUUUCUUCAAUUAAUAAAGAUUCAGUAGAGGAUUCCGUGAAAGAUUCUUUGAAAGAUUCAACAACUAACUCUUUAAAGGAUUCUACAAAUAACUCAUUAAAUGAUUCAAUUGAUUUGAAUGAAGAACAUGAUAAUGAUUCACAAGGUGCUGAUGCAACGGAUACGGUUCUUGAUGAAGAUAAAGAUGAGAAUAAUGAGCAAGAAGAAAAGAAGGUAGAGGAAGAAAAAAAUGGAAGUAUAGAUGAUAAGAACGAAAAAGAGGAAGAUCCAGAAGAAGAUACAAAGAAAGAUCAAGAAGAAGAUACUAAGGAAGAUCAAGAAGCAGGUAAAGAAGAAGAUCAAGAAGAUCAAGAAGAAGCUACAAAAGAAGAUAACCAGUCUGAUAGUGCCGAAGCUUUAGCUGAAGUUGCUGAUGAUCUAAACUCAGUUAAAGAAACCCCUCUGGAGAAUCUUGAUGAUAAUGAAUCUGUUAAGCAAACACGUCUAGAUGAAAAUCAAGACAAUACUGAACCUUCAGAUACGCCUGUUUCAAAUGCUUCAGAAUCUGAAACUUCCAAGCAACAACAAAAGCAACAGCCAGUAAUUGAUAAACCUAAAAAACAAACUCCAAACUUGACUUCCAAUAUAUCAUUGAUUAAAGAUACCCUUACCGAUUUAUUAGAAGAAAAAGAUUUGAAAAAAAAUACAGCAGUUCAAAAAGUAGUAGAACAUGCUCUAUCCAAACAUAAAGAUUUAACAAAAUUCAAUACAGAUACCAUUGAUUCCAUAUCCAUUUUCGAGGCAUUAAGAGCUUGUUGUAGAAGUUCUUCUACUAAAUUACAAUUUAAGGCAUUAGAUUGUUUAUCAAAAUUAUUUUCCUUUAGAGCAUUGGAUGAAACAAUUUUAAUUAACCCACCAGAUUGUUCAGCAUCCAAUGAUCAAACAGAAGAUUCCUUAUCAGGUGUAACACCACCUCCAAAGCAAAAAUUAAUUGAUGCUGCGAUUGAUACAAUCUCGGAUUGUUUUCAAGGAGAAAGCACAGAUCCAAAAGUAGAACUCCAAAUCGUACGAGCAUUAUCAAGUUGUAUAUUAGUAGAGGAUGUGGACUCCUUAUGUCAUGGUGCAUCUCUUUUAAAAGCUGUGAGAACUAUUUAUAAUGUGUUCAUUCUUUCCCUAAGUUCUUCUAAUCAAGGGAUCGCACAAGCUACUCUAAUUCAAAUUGUAGGUGGUAUUUUUUCUAAAAUUGAUUUGAAAAAGACUUCUUCAUCUAAUGAUAACUCUUCUAGCAAGAAUCAAAUGACUACUCAAGAAAGUCUUUCCAAUGUUGAAGUGGAUAUCGAUACAAAUAUUAGUACAUCAUCUGCUGCUCCACUAACUUUACAAAAUAUGAGUAAAUUAAAUGAUGAAGAUGAAAAAAUAGUUGAUUCUCAACAGACUUCCCAUGAUAUUCCAAAUUCUCAAGAAUUAAUCAUUAGAGAUGCGUUUUUAGUCUUUAGAACAAUGGUAAAAAUGUCAGCAAAGACUUUAGAAGCUGACAUGGAUAUGAGAUCUCAUUCCGUAAGAUCAAAGCUUUUAGCACUACAUUUAAUUCAUUCAAUGUUAAGAGAUCACAUCGAUGUUUUCCUUUCAGAUAUUUCUUUUAAAUUAGGUAAAAAUCGUAUUACAUUAGUAGAUGCAAUUAGACAGUAUUUGUGUCUUUCAUUGACACGUAAUGCAUCUUCUCCUAUUUCUUCUGUUUAUGAAAUAACUUUAGAAAUUAUGUGGAUAUUGAUUUCGAAUUUAAGGGUAGCGUUUAGAAGAGAAAUUCCGGUAUUUUUAACUGAAAUCUAUUUCCCCAUAUCAGAAUUAAAGACCUCUACUUCUCAUCAAAAGAGAUAUUUCUUAUAUGUCAUGCAAAGGUUAUGUAAUGAUCCACGUACCUUAAUUGAAUUUUAUUUGAAUUAUGAUUGUAAUACUGGUAUGCCUAAUAUUAUGGAAAUACUUGUAGAUUACUUAACAAGAUUAGCUUUAACAAGAGUAGAAGUCUCAUCAACUCAAAAGCGUGCAUUCGAUGAGCAGGUCAAUAAAUCUCUAGCUACUUACAAUUUAUCUCAACUUCCACUUCUAUCUAUUUCUAAUCUUUCAUCUUCCACAGAGAAUCAAGACGUUCUACCAUUCCCGGUGGAUUAUGCUUUGAAAAUGUCAUCUUUAAAUUGCAUAGUUUCCAUUCUUAGAUCUCUAAGUUCUUGGGCCCAUAAAGCUUUACAUCCCGUCUCAGAAUUGUUGAAUAAUAGUAUUAUGAAGAAUGUUAGAGCUAGUAGAUCAUUAUCAGUUUUAUCAUCAAGUGAAAGGAGAGAUCAAUCCAAUUUAAGUUUAGAAAAUAGUAAUAUGGAUGAUGGUACUUCUUCAUUAAGUCAUUCGCAAGAUGUAGAAGACCCAAUGCAGUUUGAUAAUUUGAAACAACGUAAAACAGAUUUAUCCGAGUGUGUUAGAAUAUUUAAUAUGAAGCCUAAGCGGGCAAUUCCAAAAUUGAUUUCAAAGGGAUUUUUAACUGAUGAUACUUCUCAAUCAAUUGCUAAAUGGCUAUUAGAAACUGAUGGCUUAGAUUUAGCUAAAGUUGGUGAUUAUUUGGGUGAAGGUAAUGAUGAAAAUAUUGCAAUCAUGCAUGCCUUUAUAGAUGAAUUUGAUUUUUCAGGACUAUCUAUUGUAGAUGCUUUAAGAGCCUUUUUACAAAAAUUUAGACUUCCAGGUGAAGGCCAAAAAAUAGAUAGAUUUAUGUUAAAAUUCGCUGAGCGUUUCUGUGAUCAAAAUCCUGGUGUAUUUUCUAAAGCUGAUACUGCUUAUGUUUUAUCUUAUUCUAUUAUCAUGUUAAAUACAGAUUUACAUUCGUCUCAAAUUAAAAACAGAAUGACUUUACAAGAAUUUUUAGAAAAUAAUGAAGGUAUUGAUAAUGGCAACGAUUUACCAAAGGAAUUUUUAGUUGGUAUCUUCGAUGAGAUUUCAGCAAAUGAAAUCAAAUUACUUUCUGAACAACAUGAAGCUAUGUUAAACAAUGAUGAAAAUUUAAUUCAUCAACAACCUCAAUCUGCAUUUAAUUUUUUUAGUUCCAGAGAUAUGGUAAGAGAAGCAUAUAUGCAAGUAUCCAAGGAAAUAUCCUCUAAAACAGAACUUGUUUUCAAAAACUUGAAUAAAACUAAAAAAGAUGGAUCAGAUGAUGUAUUUUAUGGUGCAUCCCAUGUAGAACAUGUUAAAUCAAUUUUUGAAACACUUUGGAUGUCAUUUUUGGCAGCUUUAACUCCUCCAUUUAAAGAAUAUGACGAUAUUGAAUCUACUUCUAAGUGCUUAGAAGGUUUGAAGAUUUCUAUCAAAAUAUCAACUAUUUUUGGGAUCGACGAUGCAAGAAAAUCUUUUAUUGGUGCGCUUGUUCAAUUUUGUAACUUACAAAACGUAGAAGAAUUAAAAGUUAAAAAUAUCAAUGCCAUAACUAUUUUACUUGAAGAAGCUUUAUCAGAGGGAACGUUCUUUAAAGAUUCUUGGAAAGAUGUAUUAUUGGUUAUUUCUCAAGUGGAAAGAUUACAAUUAAUCUCUAAAGGUAUUGAUAGGAAUACUGUUCCAGAUGUUUCUCAGGCAAGAGUUGCAGGCCACAGGGGAUCUAUUGAUUCCACUAGAACUGCAAAUGCAUCUAUUUUUGAUAUUUGGUCAAAGAAGGCUACACCUGCGGAAUUAGCCCAGGAAAAACAUAACAACCAAACUUUAGCCCCAGAAAUCUCAAAAUCUAUUGUUUCAAGUGAACUUGUUGUGUUAAUGGAUAAUAUUUUUACAAGAAGUGCAGAAUUAUCUGGUGAUGCUAUUGUAGAUUUUAUUACAGCUAUGACAGACGUUGCUCUAGAUGAAAUUGAAUCCUCUCAAGAUGCUUCUACCCCUAGAAUGUUUUCUCUUCAAAAAAUGGUAGAUGUUUGUUACUAUAAUAUGGAUCGUAUUAAAGUCGAAUGGACUCCUAUUUGGGCUGUAAUGGGUUCUGCUUUUAAUCAAAUUGCUACAAAUGCUAAUCUAGCAGUUGUUUUUUUCGCCAUUGAUUCAUUACGUCAAUUAUCAAUGAGAUUUUUGGAUAUAGAAGAAUUAUCAGGUUUUGAAUUUAAAUGUGAUUUCCUUCAACCUUUCAAAUAUACUAUUCAACAUACAAGUAGUAAUGAAGUUCAAGAAAUGAUUUUGGAAUGCUAUACUAAUUUUAUUAAAUUAAAGGCCCCAAAAAUUAAAUCUGGAUGGAAGCCAAUUCUUGAAUCUCUUCAAUUUACCGCACGUUCUAAAAAUGAGCAUAUUGUUGGUAGAACUUUUAAAUUAGCAUAUUCCAACAUUGUUGCAAACCAUCUUGAAGACGUUUUUAUUCAAGAUGAUACAUUUGGGGAAUUAACUGAAGUGUUUAAAGAAAUCUCCAAAAAUAAAAAAUAUCAAAAAUUAUCUUUACAUGCAUUAGAAUCAUUACGUUCAAUUACCAAGGAAGUAGCAAGAAUAUGUUAUUCUACAAAGGAAGAAGACAUGGUCAAACGAGAAAAAUUACUUCAUGGGAAAGAUGUAUUCCAAGAUAUUUGGUUCCCAUUAUUAUUUUGCUUUAAUGACACUAUUAUGACGGCUGAAGAUUUAGAAGUUAGAUCAAGGGCUCUAGAUUAUAUGUUCGAUUCUCUUGUAACAUAUGGAAGUGACUUUAGUGAUGAAUUUUGGGGUAAUGUAUGCACCAAACUACUUUUCCCAAUUUUUGGAGUUCUUUCCAAGCAUUGGGAAGUUAACCAAUUCAAUAGUCAUGAUGAUUUAAGUGUCUGGCUAUCAACAACAUUGAUUCAAGCUUUAAGAAAUUUAAUAUCUUUAUUCACACAUUAUUUUGAAUCAUUAAAUAAAAUGUUAGAUGGUUUCUUAGGAUUACUUGUUUCAUGUAUUUGUCAAGAAAAUGAUACAAUUGCUAGAAUUGGUAGAGCAUGUUUACAACAAUUAAUUUUACAAAAUAUUUUAAAGUUUGAUAAAACUCAUUGGGAAGAAAUUGGAAAAGUCUUUGAAAGAUUAUUCGAAUUAACUACUGCAUCCGAAUUAUUUGAUUAUGAUCCAUUACAUAAAGGUCGUCAACCUUCUGUUACAAAAUAUGUAGAAGAUGCUAUUGUUACACUACCAGAAGGCGAAGAUAAUAACAGCACCAUUGAAGAAACAGUUCAACGAGCUCAUGAUGAAGAAUCUAGUGAAGAUGUGGGUAAAGAUAUGGAAACUGUGACGAAUAAAGCAGCACCUACUGAUGGAGACAAUGAUACAAAUGAAAAUACCUUAGUAAGUUCUCCAAUCAUUGAAAGACAAGUUGUUAAAAAAUUACCAAAUGUUCCAACAAAUAAAAAGGAAGAAUUAAGACAUAGAAUCAAUGUGAAAAAUUCUAUCGUUGUUAAAUGUGUUUUACAAUUAUUAAUGAUUGAAUUAUUAAGUGAAUUAUUUGAAAAUGAUGAUUUCUUGAGUCAUAUUCCUGAUGAACAAUCAUUUAAGGUAACUGGGUUAUUAGAAAAAUCUUAUGAAUUUGCUAGAGAUUUCAAUGAAGAUUAUGAAUUAAGAACUAGAUUAGUUGGAGCUAGAGUUGUUGAUAAGAUUCCAAAUUUAUUAAAGCAAGAAACUAGUGCUGCUGCAGUUUUGAUUGAUAUUUUAUUCAAGCUUUAUUUAAAUGGUGAUGAAAAGAAAGAUGAAUUAAUUAGACGUCUGAUUUCUAUAUGUGUUGGAGUAGUGAAAGGAUAUAUUGCUCUUGAUGAUAGAACUAUGGAACGUAGUAUUAAUACAUGGCGUCCUGUUAUUGUUGAAAUCUUACAAGGUUAUUAUGAAUUUGAUGAUGAAGAUUUCAAGAAAUAUUGUCCAGUAAUGUAUAAACUUGUGAUGAAUAUUUUAGAUAAAAGUGUUCCAACUGAAUUAAGACAAGCUGUAAAGAGAUUUUUAGGUAGAGUUGGUCAUUCAUAUUUAUCCGGUAUGGAUGCAAAUUAG